AUGUUCACCAAAGGUCCGCACUAUGAAGAACUCGAUAUGCGUUCUGAAUUAGAGCUUCGCCACAUAGCUCCCGAAGGCGAUUGGCAACCAAACGCAAACGGUCUGGGAUCGGAUUUCUGCAUAUCCCGAGGCUUCCAUGAUCACUAUGCAGUCUAUCAAGGGCUUCCACUAUAUUGGUCUCGGGAGGCCUCUGUCGAUUCGGACAAGGUAGUGUGGAUGAAGCAAGGUGAGACAAUCGGAGUAACCUCUCGCCAGGCCUGGGACCGAGUUAUGGAUCUCCGUUGCGAGAUCCUCGCCCAGGCAGGCCACCAUGAUUAUCACAAAGACCUUGGACUCGACGUAGUCCUUGGACCUUACGACAAACCCCAAUCGAGGGGGCCUUGGAAGCGACAGACGAGGGAGAUGAUGAGCAGCCCGAAGAAACAAGUACCUUCACGGAUACCAAGGCCGCUACUCAAGACAACACGCAAAUACCAGCACUUCCUGGUCAAUAGUAACCGUAUGUUGUUAAGCAAACCUCGAAGGCGUGGAUUAGGAGGUUUUGUACUUAAGGUUCAUGGUCUUGCCUCCAUGGGGUGGAAAAUAUCUGGUGCGCAUCCGGCCUUUGCGCAAAUCUAUAAGGAAGAAAGAUCUACAUAUGGUAGCAAUCAAGGUGGAACGAGGGUAUCGUCUCAGACAUCCAACAUCCCUUGA